GGUCCAGCAGCGCAUACCCAGACCUCAAAUGCCAACCAUGUCCGCCUUCCUCCAAUGGCUGAACCGGGAAACCGGACUUCAGUCAUUGCGUACCUAUGCCAAUAAAGACAUCUACCUUAUCCUUCUAACCCGAUUCUUGAGGAUGUUCGCCUAUGGAGGUGCUGCUUUGGUCCUUGCAGUCUUCCUGUGGGUAGACGGAUAUGGAACACAGAUUGGGACUUUCAUGACACUGACUCUGCUGGGAGACGCUGCGAUCAGUUAUUUGCUCACUAUUGUGGCAGACAAGCUUGGUCGUCGCCGAGUGUUGAUGGCAGGCUCACUACUUAUGGUAGUCUCGGGGACGGUAUUCGCUUUGACUAAGAACUACUAUUUACUGCUUCUGGCAGCUAUUGUAGGAGUCAUCUGCCCAGGCGCUCACGAGGUUGGGCCAUUUCGUGCUCUUGAGGAGGCUAUUCUCGCCCAGCUCUCUCCCCUCGAAGCCAGAACUGAUAUUUACGCUUGGUUCGCCGUUGCUUCUACUCUCGGCAUGGCAACUGGCCUUUGCGUGACCGGCUACUUGACCUGGGCACAACGUACCUUUUUACACCGCGACUGGAAGGAGACAUAUCAUCCAGUCUUUGGCAUGUACGCCUUGAUUGGGCUGAUCAAAGUCGCGAUCACCUUUCUUCUCAGCUCUGAAUGCGAAGCCGGUUCUGCAUCGAAGUAUUCUUGGGCGGCAACGACCACCGUGGAAGAGGUCCCUUCUCCUUCCUCAGAGCAGACCGGCCUCCUUCCGCGUCGAUUUUCGACUAUUAAACAAUCACCGUCUGCCCCCACCACGUCAACGACUGCGUCCUUGUCGUCCCGUCUGCGCAAGUCCCUAGCCUCACCCUGGAAGGUUUCGCGCUCCUCUUUGUCAGUGCUAUUGCGCCUCUCCUUUUUGUACGCUUUGAAUGCUUUCGCAGCCGGCAUGCUCCCUCUGACUCUGAUGUCUUGGUACGUGUCUCUGCGAAGCCGAUGGUUCCUCAUGCAUCGGAUCGGCUAUGUUAUGUCGGUUGUCUGGCUGUUGUCAAGCCUCUCGAAUUUGUUCUCGGCCUACGUUGCGCGACGUGUCGGUCUUGUUCGCGCAAUGGUUUUCAUGCACCUUCCAUGCGCGCUGUUCCUGUCGUUGAUUCCGCUGGCUUCCAAAACCUGGUACUUGAUGAUAAUUCUGUUGCUUGGAGAUGCUGUGUUUGGAAGUAUGGAUCAGGCUCCACGCGAAGCUUUUGUGGCCGCUAUAUUUUUGCCCAGAGAGCGAACGCAAGCAAUGGGCACGCUGAACUUCGUGAGAACCUUGGCGUCGAGUCUCGGACCACUACUCACGGCAUAUGUCUGGACAAAAGAGAGGUGGUGGAUUCCGUUUGAACUUGCAGCCGUAUUAAAGGUCUGCUACGAUAUCGGCAUGCUGGUUAUGUUCCUGAAAACACCGCUGCCUGAGGAACGGAGAAGAGUCGAAGCAGAAAACGGAUCGGGUGAGCCGCAGGAAAUGACAAUGACCGCCGCCGACCUGGAUGUGAACAUAUUGAUGGACGAGUACAGUACCGGAGACUUGGCGCCGCCUAGUGAUUUCGAAAUCAGCGAUGGAGAAGAAGAGGAUGAUGAGAGGACACUUACUGGGGAUGACCAAGAUAUUUCUGGACGCAGGCGAAAGUACAGCUCGUGAUAGCGCGGCCUUGUUACUCUCUAUUGUAUUUGGAGUGAAGUAAAGUGGGCGUUUUGCUAAUUUCUAGAGCAUUCUGAAGCUCUCAACAUAUUACUACCGCAAGAAGGACAUACUCCACGGGCUUUUCGGUUCAGGAUAUUCCCUGAGUCAAGAUGCAAUGCACAAUUUCGAGGACGGCAAUCCUCAGCACCAGCGACAAUGGUCAGAGCAUUGUAUGGCAUCGGGUCUGGCUAGG